CAAGUACUGUUAAAAAGCUUAAAUACCAAGUUUAUUGUGUCUGAAGGCUAUGCCAGGCUGGUUUCAGGGAAGCUUUAAGACUGUGGUGCUGCCAAAAGAAGCAGUCCUGUCUGGCUGCUAUUUCAACUUCCCUGUGUUGGUCGAGAUGUUUGUGGGGCUGUGUAAUGACCCAUAUUAGAAAAAAUAAUUUGUAUUGAAAGUAAUCUAGUAUGUGCUUGCAGAAAUACUUGUACUGGCAUAAGGGAGAUCAUCAGGAAUGUGAGGAAACACAGGAUGGGAGAGAUGGGAUUGUUUCUUUAAACUAGCAGAGCUACCGUAUUCUGAUUUCAAGUACUGUGGAGCUUUAGCAGCUUCCUUUGUAAAAUGCAGAUUUUUUUUUAACAUGGAAGUGAAAUGACUCAGAGUUAGGUGUCACCUCUCUACUGUUUAGGGUGGAAAGCAAGGGAAAAAGAAGCUUGAGAUGCCAAAAGUGAGGGGAUUACAGCCCUGGUGUUUCAGGCAUAGACCAUGUUCCUUGCAGUCGUGGUCCUCUCAAAAACACUGGUGUUAGUAAUUUCCUCUUGUGUCACCUUGUUAAUGUGCACCUCUGGCAGGCUGUGCGUCUCUUUCUGAGACUAGUCCAGAGGAAAGCAUCGUUCGCUGAAGUGAGAGGGGCGGCUGCUCUUGCAUAGCAACAUAUGAUGCUUAGGACCUUUUUUUCCUUGGCCUUGAGUACUGGUGCCCUUACUUGGCGUAGUUGUAGCCACUACAGAUUGACAAGGAGCACCAGAGUCUACAGGAAGAGGAUAAUUUCAUUUGAUACUGUUGAAACAGUAUGUUGUAGUUGUGUUGUUCUGAGGAAUGUGUAGUUUUUCUGUGAAAGUAUGCAGCAUGUAGAAGCUUACUGUUAAAAAGGAGCUGUUUUCCUACAUAUUUCUAUUACCAUUAUUGUUUCUAAAUAAUCUUUAGUAGAGGUUAAUAAAAUUUGAGAUUCUUGCAUAUUAUGAGAAUAUUUACACAGACUAAAAAACUCACCAUCAAUCUAGUCUUUUCAAUUUUUUUUUAAAUAUAAACAUUGUUUGGUUAAGUGGGUGUUGUGUGUCAAGGUUUUACCCAUUACAAUUAAAUGGAAACAAAAGCUGCACAUAGUUGAGUGGUUUUUAUUCAAUAGUUAAGGUUUUCUAUUCAAAGCUCUUUUUCUUUCAAAUGUUGUUAUAUCCAUACUCUUCUUACAAAGAAAAAUAUUUGGGAAAAGGGUAGCAAAUAUAUUUUAGCUGCUGGGGUUGGAUGUAGUAAAUCCAAUGCCUUGUUUGUUAAAAAAAAAAAAAAAGUGGCUACUUUUCACUUUGUCAGUUGUUAGGGAAAAUUCCUAAAACUGUGUGGAACUGACUACAGGAGUUUGAGUUAUGUGGAAGUGACUAUCAGAGUAUGAGAUCUUGUCUUCUGCCUAGAGGUUUUAAAGGUGAAGUAACUAUCUUGUUCUAUAUCCCCAGGAUCUAAAGAUUUGUCUAAAUUGGGAUUUGGAUUUCAGCUAACACCAGUUAAAGUCAGAAAUAUAUAUUAUUUAAGUAUUCAUUUAAAAUCUUGGACUGAAUUUGAAGUUUGUAUUACUUUUUCUGUAGUAGACUUCUGAAUGCCUUCAUUGACCUUUACUAGCUAAUACCAUCUCGCCUUUUGUCUAGACAAAAUCUGAAAUGGUCCGAUACACUACUGUGCUCCUUCAGAGACUCAUGCUUGCUGAUGAUGAGAAGUAAAAACUUAAUCUUAAUAAAGCAUAUAUUUUGUAGAAAUUGGAAAUAUCUUGGUCACAACUAGUGAAUGGAACCUGUAUUGCUGAAAGCACAAAUAGGGAGUUUUGAAAUAAUUGCUUCGUUGGCACCAACUAACAGUUUGAGGAGUAUAUCUACUGAGAAAAAUGGGUCGAUCUAACUCUAGAUCACAUUCUUCAAGAUCAAAAUCCAGAUCUCAGUCCAGCUCUAGGUCAAGAUCCAGAUCACAUUCAAGGAAAAAGAGAUACAGUUCUAGGUCUCGGUCAAGGACGUAUUCACGAUCUCGCAGCAGGGAUCGUGUUUAUUCUAGAGAUUAUCGCAGAGAUUACAGAAAUAAUAGAGGAAUGAGACGUCCCUAUGGUUACAGAGGAAGAGGUAGAGGGUAUUAUCAAGGAGGAGGUGGUAGAUACCAUCGUGGAGGUUAUAGGCCUGUCUGGAACCGAAGACACUCCAGAAGCCCUAGACGUGGCCGUUCACGUUCCAGAAGUCCAAAACGAAGGUCUGUGUCUUCCCAGAGGUCCCGGAGCAGAUCUCGUCGAUCUUACAGAUCUUCCAGGUCCCCGAGGUCCUCUUCAUCUCGUUCUUCAUCCCCAUACAGCAAAUCACCUGUCUCUUCCAAAAGACGUGCGUCUCUGGAAAAGCAGGCAAAGAAAACUGAAGGGGCUCCUUUGCAAGAUAGCCCCUUGAAAAAUAAAUCACAAGAUGAACAGAAAGAUACAUUUGAACAUGACCCAUCAGAGUCUCUUGACGAUUUUAACAAAUCAUCAGCAGCUUCUGGCGACAUUUGGCCUGGCCUUUCAGCAUAUGAUAACAGUCCAAGGUCACCCCACAGUCCUUCUAUUGCCACCCCACCUAGUCAGAGUUCAUCUUGCUCUGAUGCCCCUUUGCUUAGCACAGCCCACUCAGCAAAGGACACACCUCAACAUUCCCAUUCCAUUCAGCAUAGUCCUGAGAGGUCUGGCUCUGGUUCUCUUGGAAAUGGUUCUAGCCGUUAUAGCCCUUCUCAGAAUAGCCCAUUGCAUCAUAUCCCUUCGAGGAGAAGCCCUGCAAAGACAAUCCCAUCACAGAGUGCCCCCCGUGAGGAAGCUCGAGUGCGGUCAUUUUAUCCUGAGGGUGGUGAACAGGAAGCUGCAAAAGGUGGAAAGUUUAUGAAAAGGUACACAGAUGAAGAGUCUAGAGUAUACCUGCUUGAUAGGGGUAAUACCAGGGAGAAGGAGGCCCAGAAGGAGAGAGGAUCAGAAAAAGGGAGGACAGAGGGAGAAAGGGAAUGGGAGGAACAGGAAACUUUAGAUUUUUUCAUUGAUAAAGAGACUGGGAAAGAAAAGUUUAAUGACUCUGAAGGGGAGGACACAGAGGAGACAGAGGAUUACAGACAGUUCAGAAAGUCUGUCCUGGCAGAUCAGGGUAAAAAUUUUCCUACUGCAUCUCACCGGAAUGCUGAGGAGGAAGGAACCAAAUACAAAUCUAAAAUAUCAAUCAAGGGCAAUAGAGAGAGCGAUGGAUUUAGAGAUGAGAAAAGUUAUAAGCUUAAAGAGACUGGCUAUGUAGUGGAAAGGCCUAGUGCAACAAAAGAUAAGCACAAGGAAGAAGACAAGAGUUCUGAGAGACUAAUGAUGAAGAAAGAAACUCAGUCACCUGAGCAGGUAAAGUCUGAAAAGCUCAAAGAACUCUUUGAUUACAGUCCCCCUCUACACAAGAAUCUGGAUGCGAGAGAAAAAUCCACCUUCAGAGAGGAGAGCCCACUUAGGAUCAAAAUGAUAGCCAGUGACUCCCAUCGUCCUGAAGUUAAACUCAAAAUGGCACCAGUACCUCUUGAUGAUUCCAAUAGACCUGCUUCCUUGACUAAAGACAGGCUGCUUGCUAGCACACUUGUUCAUUCCGUCAAGAAGGAGCAAGAGUUCCGAUCCAUCUUUGACCACAUUAAGUUGCCACAGGCCAGCAAAAGCACGUCAGAGUCAUUUAUUCAGCACAUUGUGUCCUUGGUUCAUCAUGUCAAAGAGCAAUACUUCAAGUCAGCUGGAAUGACCCUAAAUGAGAGGUUCACUGCGUAUCAAAAAGCCACUGAAGAACACUGCACCCGACAAAAGAGCCCAGAAAUACAUAGGAGGAUUGACAUCUCUCCAAGUACCCUGAGGAAGCAUACUCGUUUAGCAGGUGAAGAGAGAGUCUUUAAAGAAGAAAGUCAAAAAGGAGAUAAAAAAUUAAGGUGUGAUUCAGCUGAUCUUCGUCAUGACAUUGACCGACGUAGAAAAGAACGAAGUAAAGAGCGAGGAGACUCAAAGGGUUCCAGGGAAUCCAGUGGGUCAAGAAAGCAGGAGAAAACUCCAAAAGAUUACAAGGAUUACAAAUCUUACAAAGAUGACAGUAAACAAAAAAGAGAUCAAGACCGUGCUAGGUCCUCCCCAUCUUCCUCCCCAUCUUCUUCUUCAUCCAGUUCUCGAGAAGAAAAAGAUUGCAAGAAAGAAAGAGAUGAAGAGUUCAAAACCCACCAUGAACAGAAAGAAUACUCUGGUUUUGCAGGAGUCAACAGGCCAAGAGGCACCUUUUUUCGAAUUAGGGGCAGAGGAAGAGCCAGAGGAGUCUUUGCUGGAACAAAUACUGGUCCCAGCAACUCAAAUACUACUUUUCAGAAGAGACCGAAGGAAGAGGAAUGGGAUCCUGAAUAUACCCCAAAAAGCAAGAAAUACUUCUUGCAUGAUGACAGAGAUGAUGGUGUGGAUUAUUGGGCCAAAAGAGGAAGAGGUCGUGGUACUUUCCAGCGUGGCAGAGGGCGUUUUAACUUCAAAAAGUCAGGUAGCAGUCCGAAGUGGACACAUGACAAAUAUCAAGGGGAUGGCAUUGUUGAAGAUGAAGAAGAAACGAUUGAGAAUAAUGAAGAAAAGGACAGACGCAAAGAGGAAAAGGAAUAACCCUGGAAGAAAUUGUAGCUGAAAGAGCAGCUGUUGCACCACCCUCACAACAUUUUUAAUAUGUUUUUUUUGUUGUCAAAUGAAUGUAAGCAUUUUACUUAAAUUUUACUGUUGGAAAGUAGUUUAGGGGGAUUGUUUUUGUUUUAAGCCUUUAGAAAAAAAUCAUGAUAUAGUAAACUAUGUUAAUGAUCGUACAGGUAGAAAGUAAAAUAUUUGUAACAACUUUUAAGAAAUUUUACUGUUUGUUAUAUGCAGUGUAAUUCUGCUUUGUCCAAAUAUAUGGUCAAGUACAACUCUGAAAGUUUUGAUUCUCCCCUAUGUCUGUGUUUUAUUCUGAAGUAAACUUACAGUUCUGCGCACCUGAAAUCUUGGAGCAGCAUUUUUUAUAAACUGAUUACUACUUCUAUGUUGCCUUUUUAUAAGAAUUGUGUUUAAGGGUAGUUACACAGUCAUAGUGUAAGUACAAACAGUUGUGCAAAAUACUGAUUAUAUGUUCACAAGAAUCACGUUCACAUAGUAUCAGCGAUAAACCUGGAUUCUUAUUCCACCCUGCGAGAGUGCAGCAAGCGGUGAAAUUUUCACUCUUCUUUAGUAGCCUAAGAAAUACAUACGUAUAUAAAUACUAA